ACUUCAACUCCACCUCCCACACAACCAUGGCUGGACGCCGAGACUUCCUGAACCAGCCCGCGCCCGAGAACUAUGUCGCUGGUCUUGGUCGUGGUGCCACAGGAUUUACAACCCGUUCAGAUCUUGGUCCGGCGCGUGAAGGCCCAAGUGAAGACCAGAUCAAGGAAGCUCUCGCAAAGCGGGCCGCCCAGCUCGGAGCUGCUGCACCAACCGCGUACGGUGCACCCGAGAAGAAGGAAGAGGACGACGAUGAUGAGCGGUUUCAGGAUCCAGAGAACGAAGUCGGGUUAUUCGCUGGCGGGGCAUACGACAAAGAUGACGAUGAGGCGGAUCGCAUCUACCAGGAGGUAGACGAGAAGAUGGACAGGAGGCGGAAAGCUAGAAGGGAAGCACGCGAGCAAGCAGAGCGAGAGGAGUACGAGCGGAACAACCCGAAGAUUCAACAACAGUUCGCGGACCUAAAACGAGCUUUAAGUACUGUUAGCGAUGAGGAUUGGGCGAAUUUGCCAGAGGUUGGCGAUCUCACAGGAAAGAAUCGGAGGGCCAAGCAGGCUUUGAGACAGAGGUUCUAUGCUGUGCCAGACAGUGUUAUUGCUGGAGCACGAGACUCGACCGAACUCGGUACCACAGUUGCAGAUGAAGGCCCGUCUGGAGGAGAUGGUCCGGAUGGUACGAUGACGAACUUUGCGGACAUUGGAGCGGCAAGAGACAAGGUUUUGAAAGUCAAACUUGAUCAAGCUUCUCAAGGAACGGACUCUGUUGCUGGCAGCGCAACAAAUAUCGACCCUAAGGGUUACCUAACGAGCCUUGCGAAGUCACAGAUUCAAGAAGGGGAGGCACAAGUUGGUGAUAUUAACAGAGCUCGAGUCCUACUAGAAUCCGUCAUCCGAACAAAUCCUAAGCAUGGUCCUGGAUGGAUUGCUGCUGCAAGAUUGGAAGAGCUGGCUGGAAAGACAGUGGCAGCUCGAAAUGUUAUUGCACGAGGAUGCGAGUUUUGUCCGAAGAACGAAGAUGUCUGGCUGGAGAAUAUCCGACUAAAUGACAAUCAUAACGCCAAGAUCAUUGCUGCGAACGCGAUCAAGAACAAUGACCAUUCGGUGCGACUCUGGGUGGAAGCUAUGAAUCUGGAGUCAGAGUCCAGAGCGAAGAAGCGAGUCAUCCGACACGCGUUAGAUCACAUCCCUCAAUCAGUUAUGCUCUGGAAGGAAGCAGUCAACCUGGAGGAAGAUCCCGAUGAUGCUCGACUUCUACUUGCGAAAGCUACUGAGAUUAUACCCCUUUCAGUCGAACUUUGGCUAGCUCUUGCACGACUUGAGAGUGCCGAGAAUGCGCAAAAGAUCCUGAACAAGGCUCGCAAAGCCAUCCCCACGUCGCACGAGAUUUGGAUUGCCGCAGCUCGGCUGCAGGAGCAGACGGGCAACUACAAAAUCAAUGUGAUGAAACGUGCCGUUCUCGCACUUGCGAAAGAAUCAGCAAUGCUGAAAAGAGAGGAAUGGAUUACUGAGGCUGAGAAAUGCGAGGAAGAGGGCGCUAUCAUGACCUGUGCCAAUAUCAUUCAGGAAACUCUCGGAUGGACACUCGAUGAAGACGAUGAUCGAAAGGACAUUUGGAUGGAAGAUGCACGAGCCAGUAUCGGACGUGGAAAGUAUGAGACUGCCCGUGCAAUCUAUGCCUAUGCCCUUCGAGUUUUCGUGAACAGCAGAAAGUUGUGGUUGGCGGCGGCGGAUUUUGAAAAGAAUCACGGCACGAAAGACGCACUGUGGCAAAUGCUGGAGAAAGCAGUUGAAGCAUGCCCCCAGAGCGAAGUUCUGUGGAUGAUGCUAGCUAAGGAGAAAUGGCAAGCUGGAGAAAUUAACAAUGCAAGACGAGUCCUCGGCCGGGCCUUCAAACAAAAUCCCAACAAUGAGGACAUUUGGCUCGCAGCUGUCAAGUUAGAGGCUGAAAAUAACCAACCCGAACAAGCUCGCGACCUCCUCACAACAGCACGACAAGAAGCCCCUACCGACCGAGUUUGGAUGAAAAGUGCGGCUUUCGAACGCCAAUUGGGUGAUGCUGAAGCUGCGCUUGACUUGGUCAACCAGGCACUUCAGUUAUUUCCCGCUGCUGCUAAGCUAUGGAUGAUGAAGGGCCAGAUAUACCAAGGCGAAGGGAAGCUGCCGCAAGCUCGCGAGGCGUACGGAACAGGAACCAAAGCAUGCCCCAAAUCGGUACCACUUUGGCUGCUGUACUCGCGCCUGGAAGAGAAGGCUGGCAAUACUGUCAAAUCCCGUGGUAUACUUGACCGAGCACGACUGGCAAUACCCAAAUCACCUGAACUUUGGACCGAAUCGGUACGUAUCGAGCGACGAGCAAACAACAUUAGCCAAGCCAAGAACCUCAUGGCGCAAGCUUUGCAACAAGUUCCCAACAGCGGCCUUCUUUACAGCGAAUCCAUUUGGCACCUCGAACCGCGGACCCAACGAAAGCCGCGGGCCUUGGAGGCAAUCAAGAAGGUCGACAAUGACCCCAUCCUGUUCGUUACAAUCGCGCGAAUAUUCUGGGGCGAGAGAAGAUUAGAAAAGGCACAAAAUUGGUUCGAGAAGGCAAUUCUACUUGAUAGUGAUUUGGGUGAUACCUGGGCUUGGUACUACAAGUUCUUGUUGCAGCAUGGAACUGAAGAAAAACGAGCCGAUGUAGUAGCGAAGUGCAUCCUCAGUGAGCCCAGACACGGCGAAAUCUGGCAGAGUGUAGCGAAGGAGCCGAAAAAUGCGGGGAAGAACUUGGAGGAGAUUCUCAAGAUCGUGGUUGGCAAGUUGGAGUAAAAAGGCGCAAGGAUAGUGUAUCAUAAUAAAGGGUUGGGUCGCUGCUUCCCAAAAGGGUUGCAAAGGGCAAGCAAUAUGACUUGACGUUCAAUAGCCGUCAUCUUCUAUGUUCCUAUUUUGUAUUCAUCGUUUUCACGGCCCCGUUAGACUCAUUGCGCAAUGCCCAUUGUCUGGAUGCGGAAUCCCACUUUCGCAAUGAUUCUUUGUUGCCCAAGCCACACCGCUUCUGCAC